AAGAUAUUCAUCUUUUAGAGCUGCAUCCCAGUAAAAAUUAUUUGCGUUACGUUAUACAAUCAUUUAUUAUAUAUAUGUACGUUUAUUUCACAAAAUUUUUUAUCGCAAAAAAAUGUCUACCCAAUUUUUUUCAAAUUUAAGUAGAAAUUAUAUUGAAAUAUUGGAAGAUAGUGAAUAUUAUGAUGUUACAAUUGAGGUUGGAGAAGAUCCAAAUGUGAAAAUAUUCCGUGCACAUAUGAAUAUUUUAUGCCACCGUUCUCCAUAUUUACGACGAGCUUUGAUUUCUAAUAAUAAAAAGAAUAAUAAUGACGGUGUCUUGUCUCAUACGAAAUUACCAAAUAUUUUACCAGAAAUCUUUCAAAUUGUAUUAAAAUAUAUCUAUGGUGGAAUUCUUUCAUUAGAUGAGGAGAACACUUCAGAUAUUCUUAAAGUGCUGGUUGCAGCAGAUGAAUUAAUACUUCAUGAGUUAGUUGAUUAUUUGCAAACAUAUUUAAUUAAAAAUAAAGCGGAUUGGUUGGAAAAACAUUUUGAACUUAUUCAUCGAACAAGCUUUCAAUCCAAUAAUUUAUUAGAACUACAAAAAUUUU